CUAUGGCUUCGUGAACCUUACUACUCCUGAGGCGCUGUUGACUUUCUAUGAUCGCUUCGACCAACACGAAUGGAGAUCAGGAACUAGCAGAACUCACAAUGGGGGCGAGCGGAAGCCCUGCGAGAUGUCAGCCGCUCGUUUGCAGGGUCAACACGCGUUG